AGUAUGGUAAAUUUUGUGCAUUAAUGCAGAACUAUUUAGUUAUUACAGAGUAUUUUUUUUUACCGAAUUCAGUAUUAACUAUCUUCGUUAUGGCUUACUACAGCUUUAAAGUGUGUCCUUGCGCUACUCUUUGUGGGUGCACCGCCUUUACGGAAGAUUCGUAUGAAUAUAUCGAGCGCCACUAACAGGGGUUCAUCCCCUGGUUCCUCCUGAGUGUCUGGAAAAUUCUCUGCCCUUCUUAAAGCGCCUGUCAGCUGCUAGGCUGCAAGACAACGUGUACCUGAAGUGAUUUAACACAACGCACACAUUCUGCUUGGAUAGUAUUCCCGGUGUAUAACGACAGCAGUACGGCUAGCCGAGGGGUGACGCUUGUUUUAUUUACAGUAGCGUCCAUAAGUAAGUAAGGCUACCAAUAUAGCUGUAACAGACGUUGGUUAGCUAGCUAACGUUAGCGGUAGUCAGGUUGUCUCUUGCUGCACUUGGCGUGGGUUGAGAAGUACGCUAGUUAGCUUUAGCCACCACUACUAUUAGCCAGUGUAAUUGUGGUGCAGGUCAGAGGAGCAGAGUGGUGUAAUCUGCUUUAUGACAAUGACUGCAGAAGAGCAGACAAGUGAAGGACAACACACAAUUCCAAUGGAAGGAGAGGACAUCACACCAAAGAAAGACGGGGGCGUUUUAAAGGUGGUGAAAAGGGAAGGCACGGGCACAGAGCUGCCUAUGACCGGUGAUAAAGUGUUUGUACAUUAUGUGGGCACACUUCUGGAUGGUACUCAUUUCGACUCAAGCAGAGACAGAGGAGAGAAGUUUUCCUUUGAGUUGGGCAAAGGGCAAGUAAUAAAGGCGUGGGACAUCGGCAUAGCCACAAUGAAAACAGGAGAGUUGUGCCAGCUCAUCUGUAAGCCAGAGUAUGCGUAUGGAUCUGCAGGCAGUCCACCCAAGAUUCCCCCCAAUGCCUCCCUUGUUUUUGAGGUGGAACUGUUUGAUUUUCAUGGCGAGGACAUCACUGAAGAUGAAGAUGGAGGAAUCAUCCGUCGCAUUAUUACUAAAGGGCAGGGAUACUCAAAGCCUAAUGAAGGAGCUUCUGUUGACGUUACUGUGGAGGGUACCUGUGAGGGCCGUGCAUUUGAUGAGAGAGAACUGAAGUUUGAGAUUGGAGACGGAGAGAGCCUUGGCUUCCCAGUGGGAGUGGAGAAAGCCAUCAUGGCUAUGGAGCAGGGAGAGGAGGCAGUCUUCAACAUUAAGCCUAAAUAUGGCUUUGGGAAUACAGGCAGUGCAAAGUAUAACAUCCCUGGCGGAGCAACACUGCAAUACAAAAUCAAACUGACAGCCUUCGAGAAGGCCAAGGAAUCGUGGGAGAUGAAUACAGCAGAGAAGCUGGAACAGAGCAGCAUUGUCAAAGUGAAGGGAACACAGUAUUUUAAGGAGGGAAAAUACAAGCAGGCGGCAGUGCAGUACAAAAGGAUUGUGUCAUGGCUGGAGCGUGAAACGGGUUUGUCAGAGGAGGACGAUAAGAAGGCAAAAUCACUGCGGCUGGCUGCACAUCUCAACUUGGCCAUGUGCUCCCUGAAACUACAAGAGCCAAACCAAGCCCUAGAAAAUUGUGACAAGGCUCUGGAGUUGGAUGCAUCUAAUGAGAAGGCGCUGUUCCGAAGGGGCGAGGCACUGUUUGGUAUGAAGGAGUUUGAGAGGGCAAGAGACGACUUCCAGCAGGUCGUUCAUCUGUAUCCUGCCAACAAGGCUGCAAAGAGCCAGGUGAGUCUUUGUCAGAAACGUAUCAAGGAGCAGCAUGAGAAGGACAAACGCAUCUACGCAAACAUGUUCCAGAAAUUUGCAGAGAGGGAUUCAAAGAAAGAAGCAGAGAAGGUUAAGAGUGAGAGCAAGGAGAAUGGCGAUGAGGAGAUGGAUGUUGACAAUGGGGAAAAGGAAACAGCAGGUGAAGCGAAGGCGUAGAUGAAGAUGUGACCGCUACAGUUCAUCUGUACUUGAGACUUUUGUAACUUCAGCCAUUUGUGUUUAAGGUGUGACUUUGUGUAUGUGUGUGUGAGAAUGACCGUGUCAAUGACAGAUAGGACUUCGGGAGCAUCUUACUCUUUGCUGGCUUUCUUUGUGUCGGGGCUUUUUUGCUGCGGCAGCUAUCUGUGGGGGUGGGGCUUCCCUAGCUGAUGGCGCUGUGGGACACGGUUCUGAUAAAUGAAUUGUGUGCCACAACAGCACCGUCUAAACCCCCUAAACCCACAGCUUUGAACUGCAUGUGUUAUCACAGUGUUUUGGGUAGGAAAAAUGUGCAGCCAAGUGUUCCGUGCAGAAUUUCACCCAUCAAGGGCUAGACCAUUCACCUUGCACUACCCUCUGCCCUCUACCCCUCCUCAUGUCCUGUGCUUUCCAUCUUACACUCCUCUCAUGGGCCUACUGAUCAAUUCCUGGAGUUGUGAUGGUUGUGUGCAUAGAUAUGAUGUGUCUGAACAUUAGAGUGCCUGUGUCCCAAAGUAUGUAUGUAGCAGCACUGUGGAGAAAUAAGACGUUAGCCAGGAAUAGCUGUUGAAUUUCAUAUUUCUCUCUCAGUCUAAAGACGGAGCUCCCCUCUAGCCCCCAGAAGGCAGGACUGUUCAUUUUUACUUUGGAAUUUUUGACUUUGUACUUUCUCUUUGUUUUUUUUGUCAAGUGUCGUGCUUGUGACUUCUGUAAUGUUCUCAAAAUGAUGAAUACAACCAACCACUUAACUGGAAUAUGUGCAUUUUAAAGCAGCUAGAACGUACAUGAAUUAGCUUCUCCUGAACACACUCAAGUAAUGAACAGUCAAGUCUUAGUCUUAAUUUACUGUAAAAGUCCAUGUGUGAACGUGUGCAUAUCCGGCUCCUCGCAGUCAGGCUGUUAAAGACGGUACGCCAGAAGAUGUAAGCCUUGGUCAUCGUCAGUCAGCAGCACUUGUAGAGCGGGGCAGAGACUGAACUGGGGGGCUAAUUUAAAACAGGGGUGUGGGUGGUGUGUUGAGUUUAUCUUUGUCUUUUGGAAGGGUCACUGCUUGGUCUGCCCUGACAGAAAGAUAUAAUAAACAAUAGCUACAACUUGA